UUGAUUACUCCAGCGCCACUCGAGUGACUGGAGAUCUGGGAACGAUACAGACUAGGAGCAUGCGCAUUCACUUGUUUCACACAGCAAACAGGCGGCCAUUUUUACAGCUCUAUUCAAGAAAAUUCUCGUAUCGUUUUCACAUUUCUUCUAAGAUGACGGAACACGGCCUCCUCCUCAUGAUAUUAUAUCUGUUACACGCAGUGAACUCUGCACAAGGUCAUGGUUCAGCAAGCUCUGCAGAAGGUCAUGGUAAGGAGUUUGACGUGGGUGGCGUGUUUUGCAAAGCUCUUGAGGAAUCGGGAAAAAUAAUGUGUGCUCGACCACCUGAAGGAAAGAAACGGGAUUUCUCCGACGAAAACAACUACCGAGUUAUUAUUGAGUUUGACAGUUUGCAGGAACGGAGCAAAAGUGGAAUCUCUGUGGGAAAAGUCGGUCGCAAAGGGCAUAUGUUUGACCAGUUUUCUGAGCAAGAGUUCAAUUUCACCGACCCGUCAGCUGGAACUUACCAAGGGCUUGUUGUGAAGAACUUCAACUUCAGCUCUUCUCUACCCGGACCCAACGCGUCUCUGACCGUGAUGGCUUACAUGUUUAAGGAGUCUGGAAACAUCACCUUUGGAAACGAGACCACGGAGAUGAGGAAAGGCAUGCUCAAGUUUAAUAUUCAGAUAGAAAAUUGGAAGUUUUGCACCAACAAUUCGCUCGAGGACUGUAACAGUGGCGAUGAAGGAGAGUUUAUAGAUGUCAGUUUAGUCAUCGAAAGCAAGGGAAAACCCAAGCCUUUCACUAAAGAAGAAGUAGAAAAAGGAAGGGUGAAGAUGGGGAAGAACCGCGGUCCCAGAUGCUUCAAACCAAAACAAUACAACAAAUGUCCCAAAGAGUUUGAUAUCGGUGGAGGAUCAGAAAUGGUACUCAGCUCGCAGGUUAUGGUUGACAACGUGAUACAGGAGAUGCCUGGGAAUGGCGACUACCCCAAGUUCAUGGAACAACAACACAAGCAAAAGUUCAUUUUCCGAUUUCCAAGGGCCAUGAACAGGAUUCUGUACGAUCCAGGACUUGAGGUGGGAGAAGAAAAUUCUAGCACAGUGCACAUCAGGGCAGCACAAAGUAUUACUUUCCUGAUGGUCAUUAACUGUUUCGCUUUCUUUUCCUCGUUUUGAUGACACUGAACGCUUUAAACGUCGUUCAAUUUUUGCAGAGUUUCGUUCUCUCGUUGCGUUGCCAGUGAAAAUUCAUAUUUACCUUUCAAGGUGUAGUUUUUGUAUAUGUUUCUUAUGACAUGGUGACUGAAGGUCAAAUUACUUGAAUUGACUGCCCAUUUUCCCCUUUACUCCCUAAAAAUUAUACAUAAACCGCCAGCCGUUAUCUUAUUAGAUGUUUAAGUGAGUGGUGUUGCUGUGGGAGUCUUGCUGUAUUGAUCACAAUAAAAUUGUGCUAAGAUGCUACACUAAACUAUCCUGAAAAUUUAUUAUCCAACGUUUACCUUUCCCAAAACCAGACUGUCUUUUACGUUCCGUGCGGACAGUACGAAAGAACAGGGCUACCGUUACUAGGUUGUUUGACCCGCAUUCCCACAGUAAAAAUAUUGUAAUAAAUUCGUGCUCGUUGCACGCGUCGUUCGCUUUUCAUACCACUAAGGUGCGCAGGGGGCUAUCCCGUCGAGCUCGAGCCCUUAAUGUUGUGGCCAUUGUCAUCUAUCUUCGGCAAAACUGGCUUUACCCUCACGGUGCUUCUCUUCAGCUGUACUAAAAAUCACUCGGGGGCAUGGAGAGAGGAAAUAUGUCCCAUAUCCCCCUGCGGCAAUUAAGAACCGAAUCCUUCUCUUUCUGGUUCCACAGUGAAGUUUAUGUUCAGUUGAAACUCGGAUUAAACGAAUCAUUUUACCCGAGUACAAAUUCAGACACUCUUACAAGUAGUUAGUGCUCGUUACAGUGGGUAGAAUUUCAGUGACAUCCAUAUUCCGUAUCAGCCUCACCGGCU